AUGGCAAAAGAACAGAAAGGAGAAAAGAUGAAGCUUCUAUUUGCAUUGCUUGUCUUGCAAUUAUGCUUUGCUGGUUUCCAUAUUGUUUCAAGAGUUGCACUUAAUAUUGGUGUUAGCAAAAUUGUCUACCCAAUUUAUAGAAAUAUUAUUGCCUUAAUCAUGCUAUGCCCUUUUGCUUAUUUCUUGGAAAAAAAAGAGAGACCCCCUCUUACUUUCUCUCUUCUCCUCCAAUUUUUCUUCUUGGGUUUAAUUGGGAUUACUGCAAACCAAGUGUUUUACAUCUUGGGAUUGUAUUAUGCAAAUGCAACAAUUGCAUCUGCUAUCCAAAACUUAGUCCCAGCAAUUACAUUUGUAAUGGCUUCAGCUAUGAGGUUGGAGCAAGUUAAUCUAAGAAGGAGAGAAGGAUUGGCUAAAAUAUUGGGUACAAUUGUAAGUGUAGGAGGAGCCACAGUCAUUACAUUAUACAAAGGCCCUCCUCUUCAUCUCGAUCAUCAUCAUGAUCAAGGGCAGGCGCCAUUAAUGGACGAAGUACAAAGCUGGACAUGGGGAUGUGUUUACCUACUUUGUCACUGCUUGUCGUGGGCGGGUUGGUUUGUAUUCCAGGCUCCGGUUUUGAAGAAGUAUCCAGCAAAGCUUUCGCUAACAUCGUUUACUCUCUUUUUUGGAUUGAUGCAAUUGUUGGUAAUUGCAUCCUUCACUGAGAGAGAUCCUCAGCAUUGGAUAAUUAUAUCAGGAGAAGAAGUCUUCACAAUCUUAUAUGGAGGAGUGGUGGCAUCAGGGAUAGUAAUAGCUCUACAAACAUGGUGUAUACAGAAAGGAGGUCCAGUGUAUGUUGCCAUCUUUCAACCAGUGCAGACGGUUCUUGUUGCCAUCAUGGCUUUUGCAAUCCUUGGAGAUCAGUUGUAUUCUGGAGGGAUUAUUGGUGCGUUGAUGAUUACACUCGGUCUUUACUUUGUAUUGUGGGGAAAGACCGAAGAGCAGAAGCAGGAAAGGCGAGAUGAGGAAGAAGAAGAGACGCUAACAAAGCAUCUUAUCUUUCAUGGAAUUGAACAAGACAAAGAAGGUUCAGUCACAGUUUCAGACAUGCCGUAA